AUGUUGUCAAAACGAGUUUCUCAAAACAAAGCCUCACCAAACCUCCUUCAUUCUGCUUGGUACAGACAGCAUUUAAACCCAUACGAUGCUCAAGAGAAUCCAACUGGCAUUAUAAAUUUGGGAACUGCUGAAAACCGCUUGUUGUAUGAUGUUAUGCAGGAGAAACUCAAAGAUAUAAAAAUUGAAAAUAUAUCUGAGGAGUACACUCACUAUUGCAAACUUUCUGGAACUGAUCAAUUUCGAGAUAAGUUAAAUACUUUUUUAACAAAACAUUUAAAGCCAUCUGAGAAACUUCUAAGAGACGACAUUUAUGUGAUGAAUGGCUGUGGAACAGUCAUUGAAGCUCUUGGAUAUUCACUCUGUGAUGAAGGUGAUGGUGUACUCAUUCCUGCUCCAUACUACUGUGGAUUUAAAAGUGAUUUGGAGCAAAGAAUUGGUGUAAAAGCAUAUCCUGUGAAUUUAGAAAGUAUAUCUCUUCAUCAGGAGAUACCGUUUCAGUUAACAACUCAACAGCUCGAAGAAGCAUUUAUCAAAGCCGAGGAAAAAGGAAUCCAUAUCAAAGCACUUCUUCUAUCUAAUCCAAACAAUCCACUUGGAAUCAUAUACACUGAAGAAGAACUUGAAUCGUAUAUCACCUUUUGCAGUAAGUAUAACAUUCAUCUUAUCUGUGAUGAAAUAUACAUGAUGUCUGUUUACGAUGAAAACGUUGAUUUCAAAAGCGUUCUUUCUCUGAAAAGUUACCUAAAACACAGUGAUAAGAUUCAUGUUGUAUGGGGCUUCAGCAAAGAUUUCGGAUUGUCUGGAUUUCGAUGUGGCGUUGCGAUAACGAAAAAUGUGGAAUUGCAAUCGGCUUUAACAUCUGUUGGUUACUACACUAGUGUACCAACUGUAACACAAUACAUUCUUGAAGAACUGAUCACAGACGAAAUAUGGUUAAAUAAACUGAAGUCAUUCAAUCAUUCUCGAUUGAGAGAGUCUCGCGAUCUUGUCACUCAACAUUUACAGAAAUUGGACAUUCCAUACAUAUACCCGACAAGUGGCUUAUUUCUUUGGAUGAACUUAUCCAACUAUCUCUUGAGUGGCGACAAACAAGCAGAAAUAGAUAUGUUCAAUAAUUUAAUGAACCACGGAUUAUACUUGGUACCAGGAUUUGCAUUUGAAUGUAUCGAGCACGGUUGGUUUCGAAUGAUUGUUUCGCACCAAACAAAUAUCAUCUCUGUUGCAUUAAGAAGAUUAUGCCAUAUAUUUGCAAAUAAAAAGGUCAACCGUCAUUUAUCUGGUUCAAAUGUCAACAAACGACGCUCUAGUAUAAUGAGAGGAAACUAA